AUGAGUAAUAAUCCUAAAGUAAAUAUGAGUAUUCAAGCAACUAAAAAGGUAAAUGGUUUAGCUGAUCCAACUAAACCAUUUUCUUCAUUUAUGAAAUAUAACAAAAAUGAUCUUGAUAUGAAAAUGAAAUUUAUAAAAGCACCUGCAAUGAAUACUUUCCUCAAAGCUAAGGUAUUUUCUAUGGUUAAAGACAAUAUGAUGGAAACAUAUAAGAAGUGUCCUUGGGGAUGGAAUGGGAAGGAUAAACGUGCAGAGUUGUUCCACAAAGACUCUAGAUAUAUUUUAGUUCAGCAUUCAAGUAAUAACUCUAUAGCAGCUUUUGUGCAUUUUCGAUUUGAUAUAGAAAAUUUGAUUGAAGUUUUGUAUCUAUAUGAAAUUCAAAUUGAUAAAGAUGUACGUGGUAAAGGUCUUGGAAGAUAUCUCAUGAGCCUCUUGGAAACCAUAGCAUUUCACUACAAGAUGAAACGUAUUGUUCUAACAGUGCUUAAAAGUGAAGAAGAUGUAGUAAAAUUCUAUUUUUCACUUCAAUAUGAAAUUGAAUCAUAUUCUCCAGAAGACGCAUUUUAUUAUAUACUUAGUAAAAAAAAAAAAACUUUAGAACUUGUAAAGAACUAA